CAGGGCACGAGAUAAUUCUAUACUUAGCCCCCACGUUCCACUGCAUAUCGAGGGAGGCGGCUCAGCCAGUGCUAGUAAUGAGAUCAUUUGAGGGGUCGAAUCGUCGCUUAAUAUGGGUUUGUAAUUUCUAGUAGCUUAGGGCAGCCUGUCUAUUACCAUUAAGCCCCUGCCCGUAACGCAGCUCCUAGCUCAAAUUCAGGAAAAUACCACCAAAUAUCUCGAGUUUUUCUUGGGAAAAUCACUACCUGAGCCAUCAUUUGAGAACGGCCAUGGUCUGGAUCCCAAUCAAGGGCUUCCAGCGGAUGUUCAAGCCGCCAGAGACGCCGCCCUCGAAGCCACUGACGAGCUACAUCGUCUGCUCCUCGGUCCACUCGGACUAAUAAUGAGCUGCCCAGCAGACCAGUAUCUCAUGCUCGGUAUUCAGUACAUAUGCAGGUACAAGCUCGCGGAGCUUGUGCCACUUCAUGGUGAGACGACGUUCGAUGCCAUUGCCUCUGCGGCAGGCCUCCCCGUUAAAGACGUAACAAGAUUCCUACGCCUAACUGCUGGGUGGCAUGUUUUUCACGAAACGUCAAAAGGGGCAGUGGUACACACGGCCGCAUCUCGACAACUGCUCGAUAAUCCAAUGCUGAAAGCAUGGAUCAAUAAUAUCGCCGAGGAGUUCUGGCCGUCGUUGGCGCGGACCGUGGACGCAACAGAGAGAUGGCCUGGAAGCGAAGAACCUAACGAGAGCGGCUAUUCACUGAGCCAUAACACCGACGAGAAUCCGUUCAACGUUAUAAAGCGCGACCCAGCACGACAGCAGCGAUUCAUGGAUGUACAAAGCUUCUCUCAUCAACAUUUCACCUUCAACGUGGAACACCUCCUAAAUGGCUACGAUUUCGGCAGUGUGCGAAGCUUAGUUGACGUAGGAGGAGCUCAUGGAGAAGUAGCUAUAGCCCUAGCGCGCAAAUACCCUCAUAUGAAGAUUGUCGUCCAAGAUCAGCCAGAAGUCAUCAAGGGCUUGGAGAAGCGCAUCCCAGAAGAGCUGAAAAAUCGCAUUCACGGCAUGGAGCACGAUUUCUUCACCCCACAGCCAGUCAACGGCGCUGACGCGUACCUACUACGUUGGGUUUUCCACAACUGGAGCGACAAAUAUUGUGUAAAGAUCCUGCAGUCGCUAGUACCGAGUUUGAAGAAGCAAGCCAAAAUUAUCAUCAAUGACAUUUGCAUCCCAGAGCCGGGACAGUUGGGUAUUGCGGCCGAUUGCGGACUCAGACAGAUGGACAUCUUGAUGAAGGCAUUCAAUAACGCUCGGGAACGUGAUGCGGAGACGUGGGAGAUGCUUUUUACACUGGCGGACCCAAGGUUUAACUUCCUAGGUAUUAAGCUACCGCAAGGGGCGAGAAUGGCCAUUAUUCAGGCCGAGUGGACAGGCGGUGAGCAAUGAUUACAGUGCAGUGGACUUAGCCUAGGUAGAGAAACCGUUACGAGUAUUAUAUAUCCGUAUAAUAGAUUUGAUGUCCGCGUCCAAGCUCGAUCACGCUUCUUUACAGAUAAGAGUUACCCGAUCCGCAUCCCUUAGCCUUAGCAGCAUUUCUAGAUCAACGUCAUUCAGACAGUUGUCAACCCUCUUGCGUACCGCAUCGUCGUUCUCG